GCGAGAAGACUGCAGCCCCGCGGUGGGUGACCCACGGCGGCGGCUGUGCUGCAGGGUGCAUAGCUGGGGGCGCUUCCGAGGCUCCCGGUGUACCAGCGGGCCCGCAAAGAUCAUUGCUUGCCUCGGCCGCACGCCGCCUUCUUCCCAGGCCGAGACCAGCGCCGGCACCAUGUCGGCCUAUUCCAAGAACUACAACCCGUUCGACGACGACGCGGAGGACGAGGGCAGCCGGGACGCCUGCGACCUCCCCGAUGGGCCCAGCGCGCCCGCAGACCGGCAGCAGAGCCUGCGGCAGGAGGUGCUGCGCAGGGCCGAGGCCACGGCCGCCAGCACCAGCCGCUCCCUUUCCCUCAUGUACGAAUCCGAGAGAGUCGGGGUUGCUUCUUCCGAGGAACUUAUCCGUCAGCGAGGAGUCUUGGAACGCACAGAGAAGAUGGUGGACAAAAUGGAUCAAGAUCUGAAGACCAGCCAGAAGCACAUCAACAGCAUCAAGAGUGUGUUUGGGGGACUCGUCAAUUACUUCAGAUCCAAACCAGCAGAGACCCCACCUGAACAGAAUGGUAUCCUGGCCCCGCAGCCCAACAGUAGAUUGAAAGAAGCCAUAACAACAAGUAAAGAACAGGAGUCAAAGUACCAGGCCAGCCACCCAAACCUCAGAAAGCUGGACGAUUCAGACUCCAUCCCCGGAGUGGCUAGUGCUGCUGUCAGUUCUGACGCUUACCCCAAGAACCCGCAUCUUCGCGCCUAUCACCAGAAGAUCGACAGCAACCUGGAUGAACUGUCCGUGGGACUGGGCCGCCUAAAGGACAUAGCCUUGGGGAUGCAGAUGGAGCUCGAGGAGCAAGAUGACAUCCUGGACCAGCUCACGACCAAAGUGGACAAGUUAGGAGUUAAUAUAAAAAGCACAGAAAAGAAAGUCCGGCAACUUUAAAGCCGGAGGUUUUCUACUCCAUUGUGAUGAAGAGAUUCGAAAAGUCUUUUUCAAAUGUACAAGAAAUUUCACCUCCUAUUUUAGUAUGUAAUUUACUGUGUGUUUGCAAAUGUUGUACCAGAGUGGGUUGUAAGAGAUUUUGUUGUUCUGAGGAAGCAUGUGUCCCACUUUUUCUUGGGGUCAGCAUCUCUCUAAGUUCCUUCAGCUGAAUACUUAGUGUUUUGAUCCGAGCGCAGUAGCCUGGCGCCGAAUAUCUCGGGCCUUUGAUUACUGGAAUGAGAAGAAAGAGUUGCAUUUCUCACUUUAAUGAGCAUAUGGAAAGUGGGCAGAAUUUCAAUCUUGGACCCACCACCUCUCUUUCUCUGUUUGCUGUAGCUCUCAUUCCUCAGCCUUCCCUUGAAUCAGAGUGCUGAGGGGCCAUGUGAGCAGGAGUGGGGGAGGGGGUCUUCCCACACCUUUGUUGAGCAGCGAUCAUCCCCUUCCACACUGAGCAAAUUGUGAUUUUCAGCUCCCUGGAAAAGAAUCCGUCAGAUUCAGGAGUGGAGUGUGGCAGCAUUCUUUGCUGUUUUAGAUAGCUGCCCUUUCUUCCGCCACCGCCCCUCCAUCUUUGACAUGGGUUUCAGUAGGAGGGCUCAAAGCAGCACGGCUCAUGUGCCAUCUGGACCCCAUGUGGUCAUCUCUAGCUCUCCCUGUGUGGUUAGGAACCGGCUCAAGGCUGCCUGGCUGACCGACUGCAUGGCCCUGUAGAAUUUGUGGGAACAGAGGAUCACAUAGACGUGAUUUGGAACUUAAUGGCCAAGCAGGGGUCUCCCUCCACCAAGCACCCCAAGCCUCUUGAAGUCACCCUAUUGACCAGACCUGGGGUGUGACAGGUGUUUAUUUAGUACCUGGGGUCUCUCCUGACUUAUCCAGGAUCCCCACCCAUGCCUCUUGCAGAGGAUGGGAUUUGAGACAAGGUGACUAGACUCACCCCUUUGUUCUCUGUCACCCAGUUUCAGGACUGGAACUUGGAGUUCCACAAAUGAUGCUGACUUUGUAUAGGAUUUGGCUUAAAUGCAUACACGUGAUCAUUUUAGUGGAUCCAGCUUGUUCUCUCCUUUCAUCUUACAAAAAAGAUCAUUUAAAAGCAUUUAAAAUUGAUUUCUAUAAUAAAAUGAAUUUCUUUAUGUUGGGACCUCCAAUGAAACGAAGCCACAAGACCCUUGUCUUUUUUGGCCCUUGCCUUUUUUAAGAGCAAAUUAAUUAUUUUAAAGAUGGUGAGACGGGCUGAUUUUGAUAAUGUGACAGGUCAGGAAACAGUUUAAAACAACAGUGCCUUUCACCGUAUAACAUAGUACUGGCCUUGGUGACCUCUGUCAUUGUGUGAUAAUUUCCUCUGCCCUACAGCCUAUGCACAGGAGUCCCUUACGGCAAAAGAAACCUCUUUAAAGUACUGCAGCAACUCACUAGUGUCUGUGUAGCAGUUUAUUUAUAAAAGGCUCAUCCCAUGAUGCAGGACCUUCCUUAAAGUACUGACAGCCUCCAGUGGCAAACACAGCUAGCUGUCUGUAACACCGAUCAUGUCCCAGCCACUUCAGGGAGUCUGAUCCAUGCUCAUCAUGAACAUCCCAGGUAAUCAGUUUAGAGGCUUGCUCAUCAGAUGAGCUCAAUAUUAUUUUCUUGGCAGCUGAUAAAAGGAGCAUUUUCAAUAUACACCCAGCCCAAACAACUAACUCAGAGGGCUUUCACUGCAAACACCGCUCAAAUACCUGAAACCAGAGUGAAGAGCAGCCAUGUGCGCAUUUCCAUUCAUUCCCAUUUUUCCUCUCUAACACCCGUAUUUAUGUCAUAAUAACUUGUUUCUCCUUAUCAUUAGGCCUAGAUUCUGGAAAUUAGUCAAGAUGCCUAAACUUAUUUUUUCAAAUAAAUGUACUUAAAGACCAUUGCCAAACAAUCUCUUCAGCCACCUUCCUGAGGAACGUGGACAGUUUGCAUGAUUGGAUUCGUGAUUUAACUGACUUGAAGCAGAGUAACAUCGGAUUUUAUGUACCGCCCCUGUCUUUUGUUGCACUGAUGAAGCCAGCAUCCCCCCCUUUUUGCCCUAAGCAUAUGGAAGGAGAAAUGCCCUCACUUUUCUAGAAAUUUGUCUUCCUCUGACAUGCUGAAGGGCUCAUGUAUUUUGUUUUUGUUCUUGUUCUAAAGCCUUGGCCGAGGGACUAUCUUUAAGCUACAGUAGCCCACCAUCUUAUUUCUGCUGUAUCUUCACCCUGCUCUCGUGCCACAAAAGACUGGUUACUGAUGCUACUUUAUAAAGCAAAGUUCCUUGCGUUUUCAAAAAGUCUUUUCACAUGGUGAUUGUGAUCAAAAAGAAAACAUUCUACCCUCUAGCCUAGACACAUCUCUGGAGACACUCAACAAAGGUGCCAGGGCUGGGUUUGGCUGUGGGAUGGGCUCCCUCUGGCCAGGUGUGGUCCAUAACACAGAUUUGAUUUCCACAAGUGAGCUGGAUACAAACUGUGCCUUCAAAAAAGUGGCUUUUCUAACUUUAGAUUAUACAUUAAAUGUGCUACUAACUUUAAAAUAAGUGCAUUCUCCUUCAAAGGAAACUUUCUAACAUCUAGUCAUUUAUGACUGAACAGCGGUGGGAUAGUGGGGUUGCCUUCUGGAUGACUUUUUUGCAUUCUGAGGGAAAGAAGACCUGAACUGAACUCAGUUUGCCAGGAAAGAGAUUACUUAGAAUGCGUUUUAAUUUCUCUUUCUCUAACUUCUUUUUGUGAAUAUGUAGUUUUAAGUAUACACUACACCAAUUUAAUAAAAAUCUCAUACUGUCUGCAGAAUUUGUAGUUACCAGUGCUGUUAAGCACCUUCACCUCUGAUAAAUGAAAUGUCUGUGUACAGAAUGAUGAGCUAGUCAUUGAAAGCGCUCACUGUGCCAUGUAGGGCAGGGGGUGUUUGGCCUUUUAUUUGGAAUCUGUAUUGGAACAGCCAUCUCUUAUGCACAAUGCUUUCAGCUCAACAGAUGACCAUACUCCAUAAAAUAAAAUGUGAAGUUGUUUUUUAAUCAAAUUCUGUCUCUUACAUACAUAGUCGUUUUCAAAGAGUUGACUAGAGAGGCUCAUCUUUGUUGAGCCUCUACAUCUGGUUCUCACUGCCACGUUUGGCACCAUGAACAACCUUCGCCUUGAAACCUUCUCAUCUCGUCAGACUGCUUUUCCAGUCUGUCUCCCACCCUCCUGCCCCCUCUGCAGCACCACCUAGGCCAGGGCUCAGCAAACUUUUGUAAAGAGCCAGAGAGUGAAUAUUGUAAGCUCACAGGCCAUACACCCUCUGUGGCAGCUACUCUGUCAUUGUAUCACAAAAGCAUCUGAGGACAGUACAUAAGUGAGUAUGGCUAUGAUCCAAUACAACUUUAUUUAUGGACAGCGAGAUUUGAAUUUCAUAUAAAUUUCACAUGUCGUGAAGUAUUCUCUUGAUUAUUUUUGAACGCUUUAAAAACGUAAAUACCACUUAGUUCAUGGGAGGGCAGCUGACAGCCAGCCACAUUUGGCCUGGGAGCCAUAGUUUGCUACCCGCUAUGUAGACUGCCAAGAGGUACUCCUGUGGUUUGGGGGAGAAGGAUAACUGGCCACUCUACUCUGCAAAUGAGUUUCCCUGCUGCUGGGCAGUACUGCAGCCUGCCGAGAAAGAGCAGGCCAGGCCUAGCCCUGGCUCCACUAUCCUGACUUCAUCUUCAUGCCUAACCUCGUGCCUAGGAAUUGCUUCUAAAUCUGAAAGCUCUGAGGAUGCGCUGGUAGGCCGGGCUGGGCCAGGCCCUGGUAAAUCCAAAGCAGCUUGGAAAUUUUAUCCGUUGGUGGAUCUAAAGGCCACUCUGGUUUCACUGGAUAUCAUUUUUGGGCAUCACUAUAAUUAAGGAAUGAUGAGGGUUUCAACAGUGGACUUUUCUGAGAAGACAGAGGGGAGAGGGCUUUACAGACACAAAGAAGCAUGGGCAAAGACAUCAAGGUGGUUUACUUUGGGGAGCUGCAAGUAGAGGAAAAGCUAGCUUUUGGGUUGUGGGUGAGAGAUGACACUAGGAAAGUAAGCAGGUCCUUAUCGGCCAUAGUGAGGCUUAAGAACAUUGUCCUUCAAUGACAGGGAGGAUUUUAAGCAAGAAAGUGAUGUGAUCAGAUUGGUAUUUUGCAAGGACCAUAAAGAUGCAUACAAAGAUAUAUAAUAGUGGUCAUCACAGCAUUAUCUAUAAGACCAAAAAACCUAGAAACAACCUAACUGAUUAAGGACAUGAUAGAGUAAAUUGUGGUUUACCCAUACCAUAGACAGUUGAGCUGUGAAAAGAGUUUUCAAAGAACAUACAGGACACUGCUUGCAAGAUUAACAUGGGGGAAGAAUGGACAUAAGAUUGAUUAUACAGUAUGGUCCCAAUUUUGUGGACAAGGAGAUCAACAUGUGUAUUUUAAUAAAGAAAAAUCACCCUUACAUUGGUGAGGAGGACAAGCUGGGAGCAGCCUAAAAUGAAAACUUUUGUAAUGGUCCAGGCAAGAACUGAAGGGGAAGCCCAAACUAGAGUAGUGACAAGCCAGGGGCCGAGAGAAUAGAUGGGUUCUGGAGAGCACUAGAUGGGGCAGGCUUUAGCGACUGCUUUUCCAGUGAGGGAUGAUGGAGAGGGAGGAGUUGAAGAUAACAUUCAGGUUUCCAGCCAAAGGGACCAGUAGUUGUUAAGUUGUUAGUUGCCUUCAAGUUGGCUUCGACUCAUGGCAAUCUUACGUAUAACAGAACAAAGCAUUGCCCGGUUCUGCACUAUCUCCAUGAUCUUAGUUAUCUAGUACUGGUAAAACAAAUACCACAAGUGGGUGGCUUUCACAAACAGAAAUUUAUUUUCUCAUAGUUUAGGAGGCUAGAAUUCAAAUUC